AUGUCCAUGCUGAAGCCAACCACCAUGCUGCCAGCUAUCUGUGACAAUUCUGCCACAGCCUGCUCGGGCACAGACUGCCUUGUUCCUCCCAGUAACUUCAAUGCCAUCCUGGGAGUAGUGAUGAGCACGGUGCUCACCAUCAUGUUCGCAAUGGUCAUGUUCUCCAUGGGCUGCACAUUGGAGUCUGCAAAGCUGUGGGGCCACAUUAAGAAGCCAUGGGGCAUUAUCAUUGGCUUCCUCUGCCAGUUUGGCAUUAUGCCUUUCACAGCUUUUGCCUUGUCACUGGCUUUUGGGGUCCAGGCUGUGCAGGCAGUGGUCAUCAUCAUCAUGGGCUGCUGUCCAGGUGGCUCAAACUCCAACAUCAUCUGCUACUGGUUGGAAGGAGACAUGGACCUCAGUAUCAGUAUGACAACCUGCUCCUCUCUCCUGGCCUUGGGGAUGAUGCCUCUCUGUCUUUUAAUCUACACCAGUGUAUGGACAUCCAGUGACACCAUCAAGAUCCCGUAUGACAGUAUCGUGUUUGCCUUCCCCCUCAUCUACAGCAUCUUCCAGCUCGUGUCAGCACUCGUCUUUGUGGGAUGCUUCCAGCUUUACAAAAGGUAUUGUGGUGGCGGUUCGUCUGCAAACAGUGACGCUCCGUACUUGGAAGGUCACAAUCCUGAUCUAGAAGAACAAAAGUACCGCCCACGGGAAAAUGGUGGCUUUGAGGGCGAUGAGAGCAACAACACGGAUGUGAAGGAUAAAAGCACUGACAAAAGCACUGAGCUGUGA